GAGCAAAAGAAGCAGGAACAGGAGAAGGAGAAGAAGAAGGAGGAGGGGGAGAAGGAGGAUGAUGAUGAUGAGGAGGAGGAGAAGGAGGAGGAGGAGGAGGAGAAGCAGCCGAGCCUACAACCUGCUUCCAAGCCCUCUGUUCAAUAUGCACCCCUCCAGCACCCUCCAAUCCCUCAUGGUUAUUACUUCCCCAGCCUCCUGACAGUCCCUCACCCUCCCGGACACUUCCCCGCCCGCCUCCCGCCCCGACACGCGACAGGCGCACCUCACUUAAGCACAACCAACAUUACUUGUCAUUCUUAUGGUUGCUUAGCAGGGAACAUAAGGUCAAAGUUGAAGGAUAAUAUGGAUAAGAGUUCACUGUAUGGUCCUUUUCCUUAUCCUGAAUCUUCGGUCUUACCUUCACUGCCUCUACCACACCCACCAAGCCCCUUACCUCCCCCAGACUCCCCACCCGUGUCUCCACCCCUCACACCUGCGGCCAAGGACCUUCUUCAGAUACUACGUCAGGUGUUUGGUCCCCUUCCCAAGACACGUGUUCCUCCGUCAGCACCCAGCAGUCUGACGGGGCAAUUUGACUCCAUGGGGCAGCCAGACCACUCAUGCCUCCGUCCCUCCCAUUGACCAAUCCUCAGGGCCACUACCCCGGGGUGGACCACAUGGGCCAUCACGACACUCCCGUAGAAGGAGCCACGUCUUCACCCUGGGACGAUUACUACACAUUCCAGCUCAACCCCAUCAGGAGAAUAAGCCCCGGGGGGAAUACAGACGCUGCUCAUGUACUGAAACUCCGAGGCGGGAUGGGGCAAGGGGUGGGACACGGGGAAGGGUUCGGGGCGGGAUACGGGGCAUUACCAGGCGUACCAGCUUAUCCCUCCCCGCUGGCUCUCGCUACCUUGCUUAACCUGAAGGCUUUGACUAACCCAACCGGUCCUCCACUACCUACACUAAGCCCUCUGUACCGUCAGGACCGCCAUCACUCACAGGAGAGAGAACAACGAGAACAAGCACAACCACAAGAAGAUAGAGAAGGGGAACCACCACCACCACCAUCACCACCACCGCCGCCGCAAGCAUCACCACAACAACUACAGCAGGAAGUGGAGCGCCGCCAGACUAUGCGUCGUAUGAUAACAGCUGCAGGGUUUGUCCUUCCAGUCACCACGGCCCUUCUUGGAGCUCUCGGCGCCCCUGUGGCUCUCAUGGCUCCCCUAGGACUGGCCAUCCCCGCCCUCCUCUCCACUGGCUUCUUGGACAUCAGUGGUCGGUCAGCGGGGCGCGGGAGUGAGUGGCGGUUCAAUCCCUCUCACACCAAGAUGCAGAUACAGAAAGGUUGGGAAGCUGAGGAAAGACUGGGAGGAGACAGAGAAGCAUUGGCCGCCCUCUCGCACAACGUGUCUGCCGGGGAAGUGUUGGAAAGGCGCCGCAGGGAUGUAACAGAAGGAACAGAAGGAACGAAUGGCAUGCCCCGCGACUCACACAACACAACAGAGACACCACAAACCUCCCAGCAGGACGAGGAGACGCCACGCAGGGAGGUGACACGACCGGGACAGGACAACACCUCGUCCCUUCUGUUGCUACUGCCGGAGGAGGUGGAGGUCCUGGACAGCUUAACGCAGUACUACCAGAGCCUCAGCAUCCUGGACCACAACGGACCAACCCUGGAGGAGAUCACCAAGCACCGCCUUUUCCUUCUGUCCCUCCUGCAGAAGUUGACGGCGGGGAAAACUAAAGAAAACUCUCUCGUAAAGACCACCACCACCACUACCACCGCCACCAUCACCACCACCACUAGCAAGAACACAGUACUCCCGCUACUCCAGCCCAGCACUCUUGUAGAAGGACGAGCAGGCACCACACUUUUCCCUACUCCCUCCCCGCGUCCUAACCUACAUAACAAAGCUACUAACUUCUCUGCUCCUGAAGGCGUAGCAGAAGGUAAUAAGGCCUCUAGAGUGAACGGAACACGAGAGGCUAGUGCUUUUUCCUCUGAGGUCCCCAGCAGUAGCACAGAGAUGCCCUUGCCCACCCUCACGCCUGCUAAGGAGAAAUUGGACUCGGAUUUGAGGAUCAGGGAGGGUGAGAUCACUGCUCUGUUUCCCACUCACUGGCCGCCGCCCCGCUCACCCACGCAGCAUCCACCGCCGCUGUCGCAGUCCCAAGAGUUGACACAGUUCAUCUACAGCCUCGCUGACGAGGAUAUCGAAGGCCACAGCAGGAGUUCCCAGACGCCUUCAUCCUUUCCAAACGUACCUGCAGUCCCUGCCAGACCCGCAGCGCCACAGGUACCCGCCUCGCCAGCGCAGCAAGCAACACCAAACCUCCCUGCAGUGCUACCCACACGCAGACCCAUCAAUACAGCGCUGGUUGCCGAGUAUUUAGCGCUGAUGGAGACUUUCACAAAGCUUAGGGAACUGAACGGCCUCAGGAAUUCUACGAUAGCAAUAAACGAGGUACACUUUCAACAUCCCCCUCUUGUACCGUCUCAGAGUGAACCUGUACCUUCGCCGGAUCUCUAUUUCCUUAACAAUGCCGCCGAGGACGCGUCAGAGGUGGCCCCGAAGGUCGCAGAGGCCAUCACUAACCUCAUAACGGCUAUAGGUGACGCUAUCUCAUCCUUCAUCGAGUCUAUAGCGGAGGCCAUCAGUUCCUUCCUUGAGGACCUCGCAGCGGCUAUUGAGGAGAAACCCGCUGUCCUUCUCCUUGGUAUCGUCCCCUUGUUCCUCCUUCUGCUCCACCUAUUCACAUCACGGCAUAGCUACGGUUUAAGUCAUAUGUCAAGCGGAGGGUACGGUCACAAGCCUGGCUACAGUGGAAGGUCAGUGGCUUUCUCGCCUUCCUCCGCUGCUCUCCUCCUCGACGUGCCCACAGCGGAGUCCUUAGCGGCACAUAUCCUUGCUCUGGUACAAGACUUCGAGGCACGUCAUGGAUCCAGCCUUCCUCCAGAGCCUCAGGAGUUUGGUGUUCAUGUUCAAGAAUCCGAUGAUGACUCUCAAAAUCCUCCCCGUCAAUUUGAAGAGUCCAUUGAUCACCACAAAUCAGUCCACCGUGAAAAUUUCCCUCCCAAUAUUCAGGAAUCAUCUUAAAAGUACAGGAAUGUGUGUGUGUGUGUGUGUGUGUGUGUGUGUGUGUGUGUGUGUGUGUGUGUGUGUGUGUGUGUGUGUGUGUGUGUGUAU